AUUUGAUGUCACUGCCGCACCUGCGCAGCCAGCUUGUACUUUGAGCGAAGAGCGGACACAGAAAGAAAGAAAAAGAAGAAAAUAACCUGUCAAAUCAGACGAAAAUAGGAAUGUCUGUAAACGUUAUAUAGCCUCGUAACGAUUAGACAGCCAAGAAGGACAAGGGGAGUUAGAAAAUACGGUGAAAGACAUCCAAGUGCCUUGGAUAUUGAGACCGACAAUCCAUAUUUGCCUGUGAAAGCGGAGCGAGAGAGAGGAGGAAGGAACAGUGAAAUCGCCGAGAGAAACAUAUCCCGAACGUCAGUCAAAUCAUGAAUCCAGAAUAUGACUACCUGUUCAAGCUCCUCCUUAUUGGUGACUCCGGUGUGGGAAAGUCCUGUCUUCUGCUCCGGUUUGCUGAUGACACCUACACGGAGAGCUACAUCAGCACCAUCGGCGUAGACUUCAAGAUCCGCACCAUCGAGCUGGACGGCAAGACCAUCAAACUGCAGAUUUGGGACACUGCUGGUCAGGAGAGGUUCCGCACCAUCACCUCCAGCUACUACAGGGGUGCCCACGGCAUCAUCGUGGUCUAUGAUGUCACAGAUCAGGAGUCCUACAACAACGUGAAGCAGUGGCUGCAGGAGAUCGACCGCUACGCGAGCGAGAACGUCAACAAGCUGUUGGUGGGGAACAAGUGUGACCUCACCACCAAGAAAGUGGUGGACUACACAACAGCCAAGGAGUUUGCCGACUCCCUGGCCAUCCCAUUCCUGGAGACCAGUGCCAAGAACGCCACCAACGUGGAGCAGGCCUUCAUGACCAUGGCUACUGAGAUUAAGAAGAGGAUGGGACCCGGGGCCACGGCCGGCGGGGACAAGCCCAACCUGAAGAUAGACAGCACCCCGGUUAGGCAGUCUGGCGGGGGAUGCUGUUAAACCAGACCCGGUUCUGGAUGCUCACCACCUCCUCCCGUCCCUCUCUGCCCGGGGCUUCACCUCCUCUCCCUCCACUCUUCACCCCUCAGCCUCCCUUCCAUCUCCCUUUGUCUUACCCUACAGAGAACCAAUGGGAACAGGGUUAAGUGAGGGAUGGGUGGUCAGGGAGAGGUUGAGAUGGAGGGGAGGAGUUGAAGGGCUAGAACUGCAGACUGACUUAAACUCUCUCCCCUAAAAAAGCGAUUGGGGAAAAAUAGUUAGGUAGGUAGGGGUGAGGGGGGGGGGGUUGAAGAUUAUUAUUUUUUUUUUCAUUUUUGUUGAGUGAUGAGGCAGGAAGGUAAACAGAUCUGAGAAAAGAUUGGUAUUGAUUUAGAGGGGAACUGGGUGAUGGAAGAUUAGGUUUUAGAUUCUGGCGAGCUCUUAUCGCUCACACACACACACAUUGAAAGUGGGUCGGAGUGAUUCUCCCAUUCGAGAUAGUCACAGGUAUGGGUCUCUUUCCUUCAGGCUAUGUCUUUCAUUGCAACCCAGUGGAAGUCAUAUAGCAAAAUUAAGUUUAGUGUGCUACAGUAGUCAUCUGUCUAUUGGGCCUAUUUUAUAUGUUGGGGGACCUUGUAGUCAUCUUAAGUCUGUCUACAGCAUAGAUUGAGUCACGUGCACCGUCUGGUCCACGUUUUAUGGCUCAAAUGCAAUAGUAACACUCAUGUAUUUAUGACUAUCUAUCCGUUAUACAAACUGAAUUGGCAUUGGAAAAGAAAGCAGACAGUUGUGUGCCACUACCAGCGUACUAAUAUUCUAGUGAGGCGGUGGUGAGUCAUUACAUGUUAUUACAUGAUGGGGAUGCCCAUUUGUUGUGCUUUCCCCCAAGCACCUCUAAUCGUUCUCUUUUUCUGCCUCUGAAUGAAGGCAUCACCGCCACAUGCAGAAUGGAGGAUGUAGUGAGAGAAAGGGAGAGCGCAAGACAUUUCUUUUCGGUUCUGUAGUAUAUGGUGUUAGUUAGCCCACAUCACUCCUGUUAGGAUUUCACAUAUUUAAGGAUAAAAAAAUAACACGUGAGAUAUGCUUAGGUCAUGUUUGUAUGUCUUUAAGUCGUCAUGACACUAUAUUUUACAUUAUAAAUCAGCCCUGAAUGCUGAUUUGCUGACAGCUGUGGAGAAUCAGACCGUCUGCCACGGGUGUGACAAAACAUUUCUUUUUACUGCUCUAAUUACGUUGGUAUCCAGUUUUAUAAUAGCAAUGAGGCACCUCUGGGGUUUGUGACAUGGCCAAUAUACCACGGCUAAGGGCUGUGUCCAGGGACUCUGCGUUGCGUCUUGCCUAAAAAAAAAGCCCUCGCCGUGGUAUAUUGGCCAUAUACCACAACCCCUCGGGCCUUAUUGCUUAAAUAUACCCAAGUGGUUCUUCAACAUACACAGACAUUACAUACACACACACAGAUAACGGGGCAUGACAUACUGUAGUACUAGGUUAGGGGCGGGCGGGCGUAGAUAAGGGCUUGGGCAAUGCAACUGAUAUUCAACAACGGUUUAGUAGGACAUUACUCUGACACCACAAAUUGGCAAUAUCCUACAUUCUGUGUUCAUCUUAAUAGAUUAUUAUUCAUAUUGUUUCAUAGGUAUUAUUACAAUGAUUUUAUUUGAUAUUUCUUUUUGCUUGAAAUGCUGUCAAACUUACGUUAUUGGGUGGGUGGGUCGGUUGGGAUGUUUUUUGGUUGUUGCUAGGUUUGACCGGGUCGGGGGAGUUUGUCUAUGAAAGCUACUGUUCCCUCCUGUGCCUUACUGGUCUCCUUAAAGAUACUGACCGCAUGCUUAACUUGUGUAGCAUGUCACAGUCGCACCACAGGUUCUCGUUGCCUUGGCCAUGACCGACUUCUCAGACCGUGUUUCCACCCCCCUCUCUGUCGUCACGUGUCCCACAGUGCAUUUCCUUUAUGGUUGUCACGGUUUCAUGUCAGUUCGUGUGGUUGUUAAGAAGCGUAGCCAGUGCGUGACGGUUUAAAUGGCCCAAGGUGUCCUGACCUAGCUAAUUAUGUUCAAGUGGAGUCCCUACUCAGACCGACGUGUCAAUACUGCACUAUGACCACAUGUCAACUCAUUACCUCAGAUGCGCUCUCUUUAGAUCAUUGCGCGAAUAGUGUUCUUCAUUGUCAACUGCUGGUUCCUGUAGCCUCUAUAUAGCCUAAGACAUUAAGUGUUCGGCGAGUCAGAAUGUGUGUUCAUGGUUCCGGCUGUCCUGAUCUCCCCCUCCUACAGUAUCCUGCCCUGCGCCGUUCCCUUCCCAGUCUGUCCGCAUGGUUCUCAUGGCAGUGUGUUAUUUUUCAGCGACAUUCCUAUGGAACUAUGGGUCCUUGCAGGGAUGUGGAGAAAACCCUUCAACCCCUGACCUUAACCAACACUGGUGGUUUUUAAUUUAAUGCGCUGCAGUAGAGUGAACAAGGCCUCUAAGCGUUUGUGUUCUAGACAACAAAGGCAAUUGGCAUUCGUUGAUUAUUACAACCUCAGUUUUCAACCCUUUUCUUUUUCAAGACCGUUUACGACUGUAGAAGUAGGCACGGUUACAAUCGGACUUCGGGAAGAUCUAUUCUCUGCCUUUGGUGGGAAUUAGGGUGACAUGCUGAGAACCUGGACUAGACCUGGAAAGUGAUAUUCCUUUUGUCUUUAUGGUUUUCCCUUGUCUUGGUCUUGACGGUCUGAAAUCAUCCAGUAGUGUGUGUGUGUGUGUGUAACAGUUCUAAUCUUGUACCUGUAUAGCUUUAUAGCUAUGUAAAGUGCAGACAGAGGUUCUUACUUUUACGACAACUAUAUAAGCAUGUUAUGGUCAUGCUAUUUGGUCAUUGGGUUUGAUCGUGUUACGUCAUCAUGGUUACGUUCCUAGAGCACGGUCGCGGUCCUAGGUUCUGGUUCAUUGGGUUGAAGUGUUCGACUGUGUGCUUGAGCGUUCGGGGUUAAGAGGGACUGACUGGUCUUGCCAUGCAGACCGGAUAUGAACUCCCAUCAACCUCUUAAAGCCAAUCCAUUUAUUCAAACUCAACGAAUCCAACAAUGUUCUUUGUGACCCGGUUCCAACUACUCAUCAUUGAUAACGGAAUCUCGCUUGGACUUUGGUAGCAUUCCUGGUGUUCCCGGGUUGGUCUUCAAGAGAGACUUGAAAUUCCUCAGCACUUAAGGUGGCACGGCCUUGUCCUCCGGGCUCAGAGCUCCAGGUAGUGAGGUAUGCUAUGCAUUCCCCAUGCAAUUGCAAAGUGCAGUUUCAGCCUCUACAAACUGCGAUGUCCAAUUAAUACCGAUGAGUUGGUGAGCUCUUGCUGUCCGCAGCAUAUGGCUACCAAACCAGUCUAUGGCAUUCAUGUCUAGAAGAGUGAUGUUAGGGCAGAAUCUGAUUAAGUGUGAACAGCAGGUUUAGAGAAGUUGUGACUCUUUUUUUUUUUAUAUGUAGGGUAGUAGAUACAGUAGCCUUAGCCCUUGUAUUUUUAGAAGAGCCCUUACAGAUAGGGUGGGAACUAGGCUAAACCCUGUGACUCAAUGCAAGACUCAACCGGACUGGAUUGUGCUGGCUCAUUUUAUGCUUAGGCAGUUUGGUGUGAUGAAUUUGAGAAUCUGGUAGUAAUCAGCUGACUGUCACUGGUAGGAAGGGAGGGAGGGAUCAGUAGUAAGUAGGUGAGGGGGGGGGGGGUUGUGUGUGUGUAACAUUCCUGCUCUCUGAACACAGGCUUGCUUUCUGGCUUUUCCCUCAAAUCUUACAUGAGCCCUUCUGUGAAUGAAACGAUUGUUUGAAACUCCACAAACAAGACGCACGCACACUUGGUCACACGGACAUGCUAAAAUGGACAUAAAAUGGACUUUUGAUUUGUUCUGAAUGUGCUUUUUCCUUCCACGACGUCUUCAUAUUCUACUGAUUUUAAUAUAUGAAUUGAAAAUAUACUGUGGUAAUAUUGUGUCGUCUGGUCUGUCGAAGGAUAAGAGGGUUUAGGAAAUGUGGGUGGGACAACACGUGGGGUGUGGAGUUAGGGGCGGGCUCUGGUUUGGAGCUUGCUCGUGAAUGUGAUUAUGCCGGAACUAGAAUCUUGCUAGAAUUCCUAGAAUGUUUUUUCCAUGUCAUUGUCACACUACUUUGUUGCUCUUCCGUGGCUUAAUAAAGGAACACGCGCUGUUCUUUUUAAUACCGAGCAUCGUGCAGGUCCUCUCCUGGUCGUCUGCACUUUUUUUUGUUUUUUUUUGUUCCUUUUCUGUUUUUCGCUUGUCCACUUUGGUGCUCUGUCUCACCGCUGAUUUUCAUUGCGUUUUUUUUCUUCUGUACAUAUUAUAAAUAUAUAUAUAAUAAUUAAAAAAAGAUCAAUGUCAA